AUGGAACCAAUCAGAAGCCAAUCAACUACAAGUAAAUCAACUUCAAGUAAAUCACUGGCUUCUUUACUUAAUCCUUCUUCACCUUUACCACCUUCAAAUCAAAUCCAUCAUUCACGUCCAUCUAAACGUUUCAAAUCAAAUUCAAAUUCACAUUCAUCUUAUCAAUCUAAUUCCGAAAACAAUUCUCCAAAUCUAUCUCAUCAAAAGCUAUCAUUAUCUCAUUCAAGACCAUCUACUACUUCAACCGAUCUUAUCAAUCCACAUCGUAGUGUAUCACAUCCUAUCAUCUUAUCAAAUUCAACUACUAAUCCUUCUAUCAGACAAGAAUCAGAUUCAUCUGAUUAUAAUCAUUCGAUCCCUGAAUCUCAUCAAUCAUCUGAUCAUUCUAGACCUCCUUCCAUCACGCCUACUCUUUCGAAUCCUGAACCUCAAAAACCAAUCUCUUUAUCUACUAAUCAAUUCAUUCAAUCAGAUCAUCAUUCAAAUACCCAUCAAGAACUCCUUCCAGAACCUAUCAAACCUAUUCCACCUAAUCUCUCCAUGAAUCUAGAACCAUCUAAUCCGUUACAAGGAUUAGAAGAAUCGAUCUUUGGUAUCGGAGCAUAUGAUGAUUUUGUAGCAUCCAUCGGACGGUUUAUAUGGAAACAUGCUAAACCAUACUGUGAAAGGAACGAAGGACAUUUAAUAGAAGUAGAAGCUAAACUAGGCACGAUCAAACCCAAGCAUGGAACUGUAGACGAACGAAUGUAUUUCCCAGUAGAAAACGAAUCAGCUUUAAUUAAUUUAGAGUCUAAUCGAUUUGAAACUAACAUGACCGAAUCACAACAUCGAUCGUUUAAUGAAUUAUUAAAUCUUAGAGUUAUGGAAACUAAUGAAGCUCAUUAUUUGGGAUCUAAGAUUAAGUAUUCACAUUCGAAAGAUAUUGAUGAGUUUUAUGAUCAUCAGAUUAGAGUGACUAAAUCACAAGGGAAUGGAGAAAUUAAAGAAUCGAUUGUUAAGUUGAAAUUAGGUUCAUUGGAUAUCACUUGUCCUUCUAGAUUGUUUGAUUUUAGAGUAUCGGUGAAUCUUGAAAGACCUGCUCCUUUACCACCACCUGAUGCUUUACCACAUUAUCGUCGAAUCAAAGAUAGAUUAUCAUACGAACAUCAAAUUUGUCAAAUCGAUUUAACUCAAGUCAAAACAGAUGAUCCCAACGUUAAAGUUCAACAUGAAUUAGAAGUCGAAAUUAAAGACAUUCAAACUUUAUUAAACUUGGGAUUCCAAUGGAACGAAGGUACAGGUGAUCCAUCUUACUUGAUUUAUUUAAAGGUUUGGUUAAAUAAUGUUAGAUUAUUGAUUCGAAAUUCGAUUGAACCUUGAGGAAGAAGGAAAACAAAAAUCUUAUAUAACAAAUUGGAUGAUCUCUUUGAGUAUAUAUAUAUAUAUAUAUUUAAUGGUUUUUAUUGUAUCAUGGGUUUCUUUUUUUUUCUUCGUUUUAUAUAUUGUGAGGGGUUUUUGGGAUUCGAAGUUGUUGUUUUUCUUGGUCUUUAGAUUUUUUUUGGUUUUUUCAUUUUGUUGUCAUUGAUUUAUUUUCAUUUAUUAGACUCUUUCUUUUUUUUUGGAAUUCUUAUUUACGAUUUUUUUUGAAA